AUGGAAAACAACGGGAGUACGUCAAAGCGAAUAGAACCUCUUUGUAGAUCGGCUGGAGAAACAGAUGGAAAGUCUUCUUCUAGGAGGAGAAGCAGCACUGGGAGCUUCAGCGACAGAAAAAGUGGGAAUGAGUACCGCUUGGGGCGAACGCCACUUCCAUCUGGCCAACCGAGAAAGCCACGCAUUGACAGUGCUGCUCCGACAGAAUAUGCUGUGCGACCUUCUUACAUGGCUACCAGUGCGCUUGGGAGGCGACUGACAGCGCAAACUAACAUAUGGUCAGGCGUGGGAACAUAUGAGCCACUAGCAUCUUCAGUUUUCCAUGGAUUGUUCCCGAACUUGUCUCCUGAGCUUCAAUCGCUUUGUAUGCAGUGCCUUGGCACUACAGACUCUCCAGAACUGCGUGCGCUGACAGACAUCCAGAAGGCAGUUAUGGCACUGGUUGCAAAACAAUCCGUUCAGAAAAGUGCAGAGGCCAAAAACCGUCUCACGAAAGCUUUUGAAGGGGCCCGGGAUAUUAAUGCGGCACUUGACUGUCUGGAGCAGUUUCUGUUGAGUCGCGCGCCAAUACUCAUAUACUUUGACAUUGCAAGCCUCACUCCACACCUAGACCACGGGGGGUGCAUUAGGUAA